AUGCCUGGCGGUAAACAAGGGUGGAGUGGAGCAGUAUAUCUGUCUGCCAGACUGAAGCAUGCGCUCAGCAACUCUCGACGCAUCGACAUGGAUGUAACAUUUAAGGUGUUGCCGGUGCAGCUGGGGACACGGCUCCAAUUGCUAACAGUUCACGCGGAGUACCUGAACUACAAAAACGCAGCAGGCGUACGGGGGGUGCUCCAGUAUCUCAUGCAGUUAGUGCAGCAGUGGCAACCGGAGAUUGUCUUGGCCGACUUCGAGACGGCUAUCCGGAAUGCCGCUCGCCUGGUCUGGCCUCAUGCAAGGAUAGUGGGAUGCUUUUUCCACUACGCCCAGGCAAUUUUUCCGCAUGCGUUCCACUCUGCAACUGUGGCCCUUGAUAGCUUGCAAUCUCAAGGCUGGCAAGGUAUUGUGCAUGCUCAUAGCGCUAUGCCUUCUUCCUGCAGACAGGAUCCAGACUGGGCUACGUACAUGGAGAACACCUGGAUGCGAAUGAUAGGACCUGAAACAUUCAGCGUGUUCAGCCAGUGCCACCGCACAAAUAAUGCGCUGGAAGGCUUCUACAAUCGGCUUCUCCAGAGAAUGGGGCCUCACCCUGGAGUCUGGCAGUUCCAUGAAUCAGGGCGACUGGUGCAAGGCACUUAUAAUGAGGCUCAGUUCCUCGACAUAAUGUCGAAUUCUACCAGAGGGCUACAGCAGAGAUGGGGAGUAGUAGUUCCACACGCCGGUUGUACCAACUAUACCUCCCCCACUUAUUAA